AUGCCUCCAACCUUUCGAAGUGCGUAUGCUGGAGGCUACAGCGAUGAGAUAAAGAAACGGCAACUCGAAGCCCUCCGUCAUGCCAUCCUGAGUCACGGUGCCAAUGUCGCUUUGACGAAGAACAACACAAAAUGCCGCAUCUGCUCGGGAAAUCAGACCGUUGAACUGAAGUGCUGUAUCUGUGAUAAGAUCAAGAGUCUUGAUGAAUUUGCCAAAGCUCAAAGACAAGACAGGGACGCAGCGAGAUGCAUGAAUUGCGUGCAGAGUCACGCCGAUGCCGAACCAGUUCUCGAGGAGCCCAAGCUCUUGACUGAGAGUGAGCUUUCCACUGCCCCCGAUACGUACACAACUGGACAAGUUGAGUCUCGUUCCUUGAUCGCAUCCACCAAGAAACUCGCUCCCACUGCUCAACAUGUUAUCAGCAGCGGGGAGAAAGACACCGAUGAUGUUGGCGGCGUGUCGCUCAUUGAAGGUCAUAACGAGAAAGAGAACUCGGCGCGCCCAGGACGACCUUUUAUGGCUUUUGACCCUGAUGGAGUGGCCCACCGCCGCUCUGGCUCCCCCUCUGGCGCCCCCCGGUCCGUUCACGGCGGGUGGGCGUCAUGGGGAGUGGAUGUUAAUGCUACCGUCACUAAAGCCAUUCCCAAGAAGGCCGGUUCCUCCAAGUUCGCCAAGGUUCCGGGGAAGCGAUUCGAGAAACAUGAGGCUCCUACGAUGAGGGUCCCCGAGCCAAUCGGGGCCACCGUCCCUUCCGACGAGGAGGCAGGAGAAGAGGCCGGGGCCGAAGACUAUCUCUAA